AUCAGUUAUAGUAAUUCUUGAAUUCUUUAUGUUGUGUUUGUUAUAUUUGUAUAUUUUUGUAUAGUUUGCAAAUAUGGUUUGAGUAAAAACUAAUUGAAGCAACAUACAAUUUAAAAAUUAAUACCAUUCUUUCCAAAAUGUAUUCAAAGGUAAGGGGUCUUCACACAAAGAAUGGCUAUUGCAACAGGAAGCAAAACGCCAGGCACUUGAUCAUAAAUUGGAUAUUCGUGAAGCAGAAAAGGUAGAAAUUGAUAAACGGGCAGAGAAUCGCAGACUUUUCCAUCGAUUUCUAAGAGAGAGACAGCAGGCACAAACUGAAGAAAGAAUUAUUCAGGCUGAGAAUAUGCGUGAACUGCAAAAAAGACAGUCUGAGCAAGAGGCAAGGUUGGCCCAGAAGAUGGAUCAUAUUCACCUAGAAGAGUUAAAGGAAGCAAAGUUAAGACAGAAGCUCCGUGAAUCAAGUGUAGAGCUGAAGACUCUUGAAGCGAAACUCAGAGGAGCGUACAUCUCUAAGGAGCUUGCUGCUCAAAUAGCAGAGAAGAAAGCAGCCAGGUUGGAAGAGAAAUUGCAGGAGAAAGCAGCUGUUGAGUCCCUGCGGUCAGCAUGGGAGAGAGAGGGCGCUGCAGAAGCAGAGAAAGAGGCUGAGGAAUAUUGUCGCAAACUAGAGUACAGAGCAGAGCUUCAAGACCAAAUGAUGUAUGCAGAGAGACUGAAGCAGGCGGCCUACGAGGAUUUCCUGCGAGAAAAGAAAAUCCUGGAUGAUGUUGUACGCAGAAUACACGAGGAGGAUCAGAGAGAGGUAGAAUCCAAAAUGCUGAAGAUGAUGAAAACAAAGGAGGACAUGGAAGCAUUUUACAAAGAAAGAGAUGCUUAUAAGCAGAAAGAGAAGGAAGAAAUGGAAGAGGAGAAUAGGCGAAUAGAACAAUAUCUGGCAAGCCAGAGUAUGCAAGAGCAGAAACGCGUGGCGGAGCUGAAAGAGAGAGAAGAGCAGAAGGCAGUUUUCACAGAGAAAAUUGCCCGUCAAAUGUAUGAAACCGAAACCAAAAGAAGAGAGGAAGAAGAAAUUAUGCUGCAGUUGGCCGAAGAACAGCGAAAGGAGGAACUGGAAAGACAGCAUCGGGCAGAAAUAGAGGUGAAACUUCGAAAGCGCGUCGAGGCGCAACAGGCUCAUCGUGACCAGAUGGCUGCCAGGAUGAAAAAGUUGCAGCAGGAGGCUCAAGAGGAAGCUGCGUACAGACAAGUGUUGAUUGAGGAAUUUGCUGAAAGUGAACGCUUGGAGCAGCUAACAGCUGAGAAACGCCGCAUUAAAAUUCUGGAAUACCGCCGGACAGUGAACGCCAUGUUAGAAGAACGUCGGCGACGCCGGGCAGAGGAAUUGCAGUACUUGUUGCAUGUGCAUCAGCUUGACCUUGAAGAAGAAAAAGCCAGGAAACGUAUGAUUGAGGAGGAACGCUUACGGAUGUUGAAGGAACAUGCAAGCAGACUUAUUGGCUAUUUGCCUCGCGGCGUCCUUCGUGAAGACGAUCUUCCUCAUCUGGGAUCUGAGUUUAUGAAACAUUAUGCCGAGACAGUUGAAAGUUCGUCGAAAUGUCUUGAAUGAGGAUUACGAAUGCGCGUCGCUCUUAAUCCGACGACAUUCCGUGCGUGAACUGAUAACACUCCGUCCAUAUAUGUCAAGUGUGUGCCUUUUUUUUUAAUUUAAAUUUAAUUUAGCGGGUUAUCGCGUUAUGCGCCGAGAUUCGCUUCGAAACGGCUGUUGCCGAAGACGUAGCUCAGUGACUUACAGAUUGUUUGUUAUUGAAACCUAUAUCAGGAAGAUGUUUUUUAAAUGUUUUUUUCAGUGUUUCUUUUUAGGACAACGGUACGUCACGUGGCGAACGGAGCAGAGAUGUGCAUCACUGAAUGCAGCGUAACGUAGGUAUUACCAGCUGAUCGGAGUCUGACGGCGCGCUGUCCUGGAGGGUCUCACGUGAUACGUAACAUUCUAUAAAAUAUUCCCCAAACUAUAGUAUUAAGCAGUCCUGAAUGCAUUACUAUUCCCAUAAAUAAUUUUUACGGGUUCUUUCUAAAAAGAUGCGAUUACCUAACGACUGCAUUUGGUGUCUGCGGGUUCACAUAAAAAAAUUCUCAAUAUGUGCGGUAUCUGCAGUCAACAUCAGAAAUUUUACACAACUGUUUGAGUUCCUUCACUGACGUUGAUCACUGUCAAAAUUGUUUCUCGUGGGACUUUUGAAUGAGCCGGAUCAGCUCUACGGAUUAGACGACUGGGGUUCGAUCUCUGACCGGGGGCCAGAGGAUUUUUCCUCUAGCUUCUGCAUUCAGACUGACUCUGGGGCCCACAAAGCCUGUACGAUGGUUACCGGGAUCCUUUCUCGGGGAUAAAGCUCGGCCUCGGCGUGACGCCGACCGCUCACCCCCAUCUAGUGCCGAGGUCGAGAAUGAGUAGGAGCUACACCUCCUCUACCCCACAGCGCCUUCCCUUGUAUAAUCAGAAGAUAAUUCAUGACUAUUACAGGGUAUUAAUUAUUCUGGGAAAUGGACAUUUAUGUACAGUAGAUUCCGAUUAAUUGGGGCAGCAGUUUAUUUGGGACAAACCUUUUUAUUCUUUACGUGGAACUUCGCUUAAUUGGGCCAAAGCGUUCUAAUCCUGAUGUUCAAAUUAACUAGAAUCCACUGUAUUAGAAUUAUUAUUAAGAGAAUAACUCGUUUUUAAAUGCAUAUUUUUAUACUUUAAAUUUAAUAGAUUGAACUUCAAAGAUUCACAACGUCCACAUGAUCGUAAUUUUUGAGUCAUAAACAAUAUUUCAUACAGAGUUUGCAAGUAUGAUUAUGAACCAUUUUUACAUAAAAAUUUGCCGACAAACUGUAGUUGUGUGCCCAUCACUGAUUUACGUGGAACGUCAGUGAAACUAGAAGGUAUGUUUCAGGAAAUGGCCGAUUCAAAUCAUUUAUUGGUAAAAGGUUCUGAGCACUCGGCAUAAUUGCAUGCAAAUACGUCGGACAAUUUGGGUGGGCUGUAGACACAGAACGAGCAGCUUGCUUACCAAUCUCAUCAGCACGGCAAGGCUACAAAAGAUUACCGAUUUAUUUUCAUAAAGCUCACAGACGUUUUUGACUAAAUUCCGCCAUCUGGAAAACUGUCGUUUCUAGUCUAUUUUUAGCUUUAAAAUAAAUAUGGACGCUUGCCAUCAUGUUAAUCCACAACCUGACAGAAUCAGGCAUUUGUGCAAUUUUAUCGUACCACAUUUUUUUACAAGGGGAUUUUUCAUUUGUAAGUGACACCGAAAUAUCUCCGAAACGUCUGCAAACAGGAUGUUUGGGUACUUGUGGGUUAUCGGGACACAUCGCUUUAAAAAUAGGUUACAUUAGUUGUCAUUUAUUGAAAUAAAAUAUAAUAACUUUUAAGUAUAUGUUAUUUAUCCACACCUAACCUAACUUAUUUUUAAAGCGGUGUGUACCGAUGUUGGUUUAACUACAUAAACUUUAUACAGAAGGGAAUAGUCGCUCAGCUGUCCGUCAUGGAUCCCAAAGGUUUUGUGCCAUGUCGCAAUAGUCUGCUAUCGUAGGCCUGUGCUCUUAUGUAGACUUAAAGAUGUGCGAACUGGCUUAUGCUAAGCGAUGUGAAUGCAGUCCAUAACCUCCAACCCGAUUUCGCCAAGAUCACUGUUUGUAAAGUAGCGAGAGAAUUGUGUAAAAAUAAAAGAAUUAUUAAAUCUUAACUAUUCAUACCAACAUAAAACUUAUAAGACAGUUUA